AUGAGCCACUUGGACAACGUUUUGGUCAACGUUUUAGGUGCCAAUGAUGCUAAUACUGAGCCAAAAAUGGAAGAAAUGGAGCAGGAUGAAUUUCAUAUGAAGAAUUACAUUCCGCAGAGAUUUCACCCAUAUUACCAGAAAUAUAUUUUUAUCGCCGUUGGCAUUACCGUUGUGAUGGUUUCAACUGCUUUGAUCGUUGUACUUUUUUCGAAUAGUAACACUUUUCUGUUUGAUUAUGUUGUUCUUUCCAUUGUCCUCUUCAUCGUAUACGAAUUUUGUUUAGACAAUGAAACAGGGAGCAACGGUACUCUAACUAACAUCCAUAGCAAACUAUUUUUCCUCAUAAAUAACACGAAAAUCUUGAAGUUCGAUCCAAAAACAAAAAACUCGUCUUUGAUCUACGAGUCAGUCAAGCCAGUAGUUUCCUUCGAUAUGUUUGCCGAUCAGCGACUCUACUGGAUAGAAAUGAUCGACAAUACAUCAGCGCAACUGAAGACUCUGAUCAACAAUACUUUCAGAAAUCUCGUCGUAGUUAAUAUUCGUACUGGAAAUUACACUUUGUUGAUGUCAGAGUUAAAUAGACCUCAUGAAAUUGUAAUAGAUUCAGAGGAUGCUUACAUGUUCAUACUACAAUCGUCAAGUUCGGUGAGUAAUUCUGCUUUUGCCGAAUCAUUUUUUAUGACGCAGUCGUUUGACACUCGACACAAAGUAGUUCAAAUUCUUCGAGCAAGAAUGGAUGGUACGGAAGUGAGUACACUUGUCAGCAACAUUCAGGCCACAUCUUUGACACUGGAUCCAAAACGUAAACGAUUGUAUUGGAUCAAUGACUAUGUGAAAAUCGAGUCCUCGGACUACGAAGGAAGAAAUCGACAAUCAUUCUUCAGCGACGUCGUUACUAUUACCGAUCUUGCAAUUCUCGACGGUAAAUUGUAUUGGUUCUGGCCUGGUUAUAAUCAUCCAGCGAAUCUACUAUCGUGCAAAAUAGGCUCGAAUGAUUCGUGUGAAGAAUGCACGAUCUAUUCAAUGACGAUUCUCGGUGAUCCGAUGUACAUGAAAGGGCAUUUAUUCAAUCAGGGGAUGUCUGCCAAGAACCCAUGCGAAAUUGACAACGGAGGUUGUCAACACUUGUGUCUUCUGAACUCGAGAAACAAGAGAAAUUGCGCUUGUCAGAUGGGAUGGCAGAUCAAUCCCGAUAAGAGAAGUUGCCGUGAACUACACGAUUUUGUGUUGUAUACACAAGACGGUUUCGUCAGAGUCAAUUCCAUUGAUGGAUCUACAAAGGAUCUGAUUUGGCCGACACCUUAUAAGAACGUUACGAUCACGGAAAAAGGUGAGAUAGACUUCGAUUACGAUUUAAUGAACGACCAUUUCUAUUGGAGCGAUGAUUAUGGCAUCUACAAGAUGAAAUUGAAGGCUUACCGUGGCCAAGCGACGAUUCUGACCGUCAACACUUCUGAAAUACUAUUACAAAACAUUGCUUAUGACUGGUAUACUGGUAACAUGUACUUUGUUCAACGUAGCAAAACCUUGUCGCGCGACACGUCGAGCUUUCGGUCAUUGAUGAUAUUCAAUGUGAAUUUGGGUGAGAAUCAUCAGAAAACGUUGUUGACUUAUCAACCUGAUAGCUAUCACAACCAUAACGCCUUCGUCUCCGCUAUAGUUCUUCAUCCAGCUAAACAUUCCAUGUUCUUCGCGAGUGUACAUAACAAAAAACGCUUUAUUCGUCAUGUCGAUAUGGCCGGUACCAGAGUGCAUGAAAUUUUCGAAAAUUUCCCAUACUACGGGGUGAGGUAUCAUAUUAUCGCUAUUGAUUAUAUCACAGAUAGAGUUUAUUGGAUUUGGAAAGGCGAUUGGGCUACAGUUAUUAAACAUGCCAAAUUUGAUGGCACCGAUAUAAAAGUCAUCAGUUUCGAUGGUAUCAAUGAUGCUAAAACGAUUUAUGUUCAUCAGCAAUGGCUGUACGUCAGUAAUUUGACGAGUAUCUGGCGAGUUCACAAAGAAAGGGAAGGCGAUGUCAAAAGAAUCGCACCACAAAUCGAUGAUGAUAAAAAGCGAAUCGCUGGCGUCAGAGUCAUCAGUGAGAGCGUUCAGUUUAGAGACAAAGAGAAUGCUUGUGCUAAGGAUAAUGGAGGCUGCGCGCAGUUUUGUCUAACUACUGCUAAUAGGGUUUACUGCGACUGUCAGGAUAACUUAAAAGCUCAUGGAUUUCAAUGCUCGUGA